UUUUAUAAUUGUAUUUUUUACAUGUCUGUACAAAGGAUCAGGAUAAUGAAAUUAAUGUAAAUGUAAAUCUCGAUAAGGAAUCUCAUGAUGUUCUUUCUCAACGCAAAGAGGACGACCCUUUAGGAUUACAAGCAGACAACAAUGAACCAGUCGAUAGUGACGGACAUGGCCCAUACGUCCCCGGUUCAGUAACAGAUCCAAAAAAUAGACACGAAAGCUAUGAUCUUCUAUUAAAAGAUUCGCUUGAAAAAAUUCACGGACCGAAAGAAGAUCAAACCGAACACUUUUGGAGAAAAGUUGCCGAAAAUGCAAAGCAAGAUGAAAAAUUCGAAAAUAUGAAAUACGAAAAAAAGAGCGAAACACCAAAACUUCCUUACGUAAAUGUCUCCCAGAAUUUCCAUUUCGCGAAGAAAAUGCAUGUUGGCAACUUAGAGCAUCAACCCUUACCCGACACGUUGGGAUACCGUCAUUUGACUAAAGUCGGGGAGCAUCGGGAUUCCGAUAUAGUUGUCAAGCCGUAUGCUAUUGGAUGGAAGGGAUUCGGAGCCUCGGGACCCACAUGUUGCACCAAAAUGCGUGUCCACCGACCUAAGACUUGUGACCCCAAAAAAUCCGAAAACGAAGUUGAGGAGAGAAAGCAACGUCCAUCGACAUCCGCUUUAGAUCUGGGAGGUCAGUACAAAAAGCCCAUGUCUCUCAUGGAUCUCGCAAUAUGCUGGGAUUUUAGACCCGAUGAUGUCAAAUUGGAACCUUCACCGCCCAAACAUAUCGAUGGUUCUAACGGGUCUAAGGCACCGGCCGUAUUUACGAUGGUUCAUACUCCAAAGGAGGAAAUUCAAAACGCAGUAAGUCAUUCCGUUCCGAUUUUCAAUAAGAAUCGGAUCGUGGAAGAUAUGGGGCAUCAUCCCGUUCCGUACUUUGAAAAAGAUAUGACAAAAGAGAAACGAAAAGAUUCUUGUGAUGUGCAAUACUGCCCGCAACACAAUGCUAGUGAUAUCAGGUCGAGGUCUUCUAGUAGAAAGAGCUCUUCAACGUCCGCCAGAAACGACAACAAAUGUGACGGCGUACAUGGCUGUGGUACACCGAGCUCUGUCAGCAGAAGCGCCGACGGUAAAAGACCAGACAAGUUACAAGCCGUAAAAGACGCCUGGAAUACAAACAAAGAGAAAAAUAAUAAUUUCAUCGCUCAAAAGAGAAACAGUUUGGAAUCAUACGAAAAAACUCCACUCGCACAAGGAAAAUUACACCAAAGCUCACCAAACGAAUCAAUAUCGAAACAUUCCAAAGACUCUUCGGACAACGUCAAACAUAAGCAUUGUUUUUCCUGUAAUGGAGUUAAAAUUCCGCAAGAACCGAAGCAAAAGGAGGACUACAAGUUCGCUUUUAAAGCGGGGAACCCUAAUUCUGUUCAGAGCGUGAGUUCGGGCGAUUCGAAGAAUAUAAAGAUGCCAAAGAUGCGUCAUCCGUACACAAAGAAAUCGUACACGAUACCGACUCUAGCGCCCCCGUUCAGUAUCUGGCGUGAUGCGAACGCGACCGGCUACCCGGAGCACUGGCGGCUGGCGAGCGUCUAUCAACACGCAUACAAACCUCCGGAACAACGACGAAAACCUCUCAUUAACAGUGUUUACCAGUAAAAAUACCUUAUUCUAUUAAGAUCUAUGACUCUGAAAAGAGUAUUCUUUUAUAAUUUACUUUCUAGAAUCAUCUAUCUUUUCAAAUAGGUAACGGAAAGAUAAAAGUACUAGUAAUUGGUCUUUUGAUAAAGUUUCGCUUGAGAAGUAUGAUAUUAAUUGAGCAAAAGCAAAAUCUUCUACUUAUUUUACUUUCCUUUGCCUUUGUACCUCUUUGCUUUUUGAACCUAAAAUUAUUGA